CAACGUAGAGAAAAACAGAGGUAGUAUUGCAAUAAUGUUUGGUUAGUUAACUGGUUUCACUUUCAACUCGCCAGAUAAGGAUGUCUUAUUUUUCUCUGAAAAAAAAAAAGAAAAAUAAAAACCCUAAAAUGGAAAGACCGGCUGGAUAGAAAAACUCGUAAGAUAUUCAAUAUAAUAGCCUUGUUUUUCAUUCAUCCAAUUCAACGUUUGGGUUUUCUUCAUAGUUUUCUCCUCCUUGGUCUUUUUCUUCUUCUUUUGUUUGAAACAGGAAAUGGAUCGUGGUAGUAUCAAACAGUUGUCAACGAACUCUGUUUUUUAUGAACUUAGUCCACUACUUUCCAAUUCUACCACAUGUAACAACCGAGUUAAGGAAGAGGAGUAUGAUCAAGAAACCAAGUUAUCAUCAUCGCCGUUUGUUCUGAAUUUCAACUCCCCAGCUGCUGGAUUAAUGAUGAGUUUUUCUCAAAAAGGCUCAUCAUCAUCCACAACAACAUAUGAUGAUCAGGGUCUGGAAAACCAUGUGUUGAAGUGUACUACCUCUUCUCUUCAAAGAGCCAAAAGAAGUAGUCAACCUCAUGAUGAUUAUCACAUCAUUGCUGAGAGGAAGAGAAGACAAAAGCUCAACGAAAGGUUCAUUGCUAUAUCUACUCUGCUGCCUGGCCUAAAAAAGAUGGACAAGGCUACUGUUCUGGGAGAUGCUAUAAAUUAUGUAAGAGAACUGCAAUCCAAAGUAACCAUCCUUGAGGAAGAAGUAAUUAGGAAGAAAUUGUCCAAUGGAAAAGUUGGAUUAUCGGUGAAGAAGAAUAUAAUCAUUUGUGAUGAUGAGGAUGGCGAUGACAAUUUCCCAGAAAUAGAAGCCAAAAUUUGCAAAAAAGAUGUCCUCAUAAGGGUUCAAUGUGAAAAGACGAAAGGACUAAUGGUGGAAACUGUGGUGGCUGAAAUUGAAAAACUCCAUCUUUCUGUCAUGAACAGCUGGGCAGUAACUUUCGGAGAUUCAAUUCUUGACAUUACAGUCCUAGCAAAGAUGGAGGAGGAAUUCACCUGGACAAUCAAGGAUCUUAUGAUGCAUUUACGGAGCUCCCUCACAAAGUUCAUGUGAGAGAUGGAUUCUUUCUUACCCCAACCUUAAGAUUGUCUUUAUAUUUUAUUGUUUUAACCAUAUUCUGUACCUUUUUUUUAUUUUUUUAUUUUUUUCUAUAUUGCAGGGUGUCUACCGUCGAAAAUAGUGAUUAAUUUUCAUCGCUCAUAAUAGACACUUCGGUAGAUAAAAAAGUUAUUCAAAACAUUUAAAAUUGCACUAUAUCCAUGGCGAAAUUCGAACCCUCAAUUAUAGUUGAGGGUAGUUUUAAUUUCUGUUGAUUAUUAAUCUGCAUGUUGAACUUCUCUCAUUCACUGUGUGUUGUUAUACUUAUGACAACAUCACUAAUGUGGCUUUGUGGUUUUUUGUUCUUUUCCAUCUUUUUUUCCCUUCAUUUUGAGGAAAUGUAUUUGGCUUUGUGGCUUUCUUUUUCUUUUCCUUUUUUUCCCUUCAUUUUGAGGAAAUGUAUAACAGGAUUGCUUUAUUACCGCAUUAGUACUCCAGUGACAGACAAGAUGCGAACUCUCAACAUCGUACAAACAAUGUUUGAUCCAAGGAUUUUGAGAUAGUAGUUUUGAAAGGCAAUUUGAUGUUUUCGAGGUCUGCUUUGACAUAAAUAUUCUUCUUUCUUUUUUUUUUUUUUUUUU